CUUCCCUUGCUCUUGCUUUGCUUUUUUUUUCUCUCUAUUCUCCAAUGAAAUUUGGCAAUCAUCUUGAACAGAAUGUGUUUGCACCGUGGAAAACCGAUUAUCUCCAAUAUAAUACGAUCAAAUACGAAUUGAAACGACGGCAAUUGGAUCAUGCAUGGAACGCUCAAGAUGAAGCUUAUUUUUCACAAACUGUGGUCAACGAAUUGGAACGUGUGGAUGCAUUCAUUACACGCAAAAUGCAGCAGCUGGAUUCACGAAUCGGUUAUUGCGAGCACAUGCUACAGUCGAUUGCUCGUAACGAAUACAACAGCAAUACCCAAGAUCUUUGUCGGACCCUGGAUGAAAGCUUGGUGGAAGUGCUGUACGAUGUCAAUGAUCUGGCCAAGUUCACCCGUCUCAACUACAUUGGGUUCCAAAAACUGUUGAAAAAACACGACAAAUGGACGGAUUUGAAUUUGCGGCAAACCAUGGUACCCCAAUUCCAGGAACGGGCGUUGGAUAACCAGCGAUUUGAUACUUUGUUUAUGCGGCUUUCCCAGUUGAGGGAUUGGUGUCGUUUGGGCGGACAACAAACGGAGAUGAGACGCCCACUGUCAUCGGAUGUGGAAGCUCAUGCAUUUCAACGUUCCACCACCAAAUAUUGGGUGCAUCCGGAUAAUGUCACCGAAGUCAAGGCCAUUCUUUUAUUUAAUUUGCCCGUCUUAAGAUACGAUCCCGUAAAAAAUUACGAAACCUCGGAUUCCGCCGUCUCUAGCGUUUACCUGGACAGUCGCACCUUUGACCUCUACACAAGUCGACUCCAGCGCGAUGAAGGAGCAGAAGCCAUUCGUCUCCGAUGGUAUGGACGUACGACUUCGCCCCAUAUUUUUGUGGAACGCAAGACGCAUCAUGCAGUGUGGCAUGACGGAACGUCGGUAAAGGAUCGGUUUCGGUUGCAGGAAACGGAGGUACAACCUUUUUUGAAGGGGACCAUUACGCCUCAAACCAUUACGGGAGAACUGGAAAAGAAGAAUGCAAGACCCAAUGUGAUUAACGGAACGGAAUUCACCGCGGCCGGCGUACAAACGUCAAUUCAAUCGAAACAGUUGCAACCGACAUUGCGCGUGUUUUAUAACCGGACGGCGUUCCAAGUCCCGGAGGAUCCUCGUCUACGUGUCAGCUUGGACACCGAAUUGGCGUGGGUUCGAGAGGACGAUUUGGAUGGUAAACAGCGAAGACAAGUCAACGAGUGGCGGAGACAGGACUGCGGUAUCGAUUACCCAUUCUCCGGCAUCGCCAAGGAGGAUGUGCAUCUAUUUCCUUAUGCGGUUCUCGAAACCAAGCUUCAAACGCAUCUUGGACAAGAGCCGCCCGAGUGGCUGACACGAUUGACGACCAGUCACCUGGUUCAUGAAGUGCCACACUUUUCGAAAUAUCUGCAUGGUGCUUCUCAAUUCUAUUUUGAUCAGUUACCGUUGUUGCCAUGGUGGCUAAGUGAACUCAAAGUGGAUAUUCGUAAACCGCGUGACAUCAAUGUCGGGCUCAGCCGGUCCGAAAGUCUGCGUCCUUUAAUGAAUGGUCGCUAUAGUUUCCUUCCCCCCAUGACCACCACUGCCAACACCACCCCCGCCACCGUUUCGAUCACAGCAUCGCCUUCAUCGGCGGAAGCGACACAGCCGGCCACCCCAACAAAAACCAUGCUUUCUACCACUACCACGGCUGUUGCUUCUUCUGCACAUUCUCCGGCCACCAUCAUCAAUAUUCCACAUUUGGAACUAUUCAAGCCAACAUCGGAAUUCCAACUGCCAAGCGAUGUGGCCAAACGUGACUCGGGGUUGAUAUGUGCGAGUUUAUGGGGUCGUGAUUUAUUUUCGGACGCCAGUCUCAAUGCCGCCAAAACUCAAUCCAUGUUAGAUUCCCUGUCGCAACACCAAACGUCACCGCGUCGUCGUGUUACACUGCUGAGAAAUGGCUUGGCAGCUACCCUGGAUCGUGUCAAGCCACUGAGACAGUCGUUUUACCUGGACAACCAUGAUACCAUGGCCGAUGAAGAGGAGGAAAGCCCAAAAUCGGGCACGCCCAAUGCCAAUCCUCCGUGGCGUUGGUGGCGACGUCGAAAUGCAUCCAAUGGGGCGGGCAAGGCGAAUGACGAAAAAAACAAUAACAAACAAAAAGUCAAGAUUGAGCCCAAAGUAUUCUUUGCCAACGAGCGCACCUUCAUUUCUUGGCUGCAGUUUUGUGCUCUCUUGCUGACGAUUUCGCUGAGUCUGGUGAAUUUCGGAGAUGAAGUCUCACGGAUUUGUGGUGGUUUCUUCAUGGUGAUUGCCGCGGUGCUGUCUCUGUAUGCUUUGUGGCGUUACCAGUAUCGUGCAUGGCAAAUUCGGAACAAAAGUCAAUCCCGCUAUGAUGAUCUGUGGGGUCCGGCCGUCCUGUGUUUGCUAUUGGUGAUUGCUCUGAUCGUCAAUUUUGUUCUUCGAUUUCGUCAGCCGCCUCCCAAAUUUGCCACACCCUUUCCCGCUCCUAUUUCGUCGGACUUGAACAAGUAAAAAUGGAACGGUGUCCCAUCUUGCCAAAAGUAAUGUCGCUUAUUUAAUCACUAUCCAGG